AACAGUUCACAGCACAUGCAUCGUAGGUAUACACCUUCAUUAUCAGCAUUCUCCCUAAGAACGGGUUCCCUGUAUUAUAGGAUGCUAGAGUAGAGAUGGUAGAUAUGGGAAAUCACAGCCUCUCUGUAUACAGAUGAUGUUUUACAGUAUAAGAUUCAUUUUAUGUUAUAUUUUGAUUGCCACGUGAUUCUAUAUGAUCUGCAGUAAAUUCCCUUUCAAAUAGAAGAUUGUGCAGAUAUAUUGAUUGAACCACAAUUUUUAAUGGAAAUAUGAAAAUUAACCACAAAGACGUCUGUGGAAAGACUGAAACAGCGGCAACGUGCGGCACAUUGGAUAGUCAGGAAGGGAAAACAGAACUUUUUAAGCUGGAAAAAAGGGAGAGAAAUCGAGCAGUGGCCUAUAAGAGCCGGCAGAAGCAGACACAGCGAGCUGACACUCUACACCAGGAGCUUGAGAAAUUAGAGAAGGACAACGCUGCCCUCUGCAAAGAGAUUCAGAAGCUGCAACAAGAGAAAAUCUACUGGACAAAAGUCUUACAGCGACAUGAGGACACCUGUAUUCUUCUGUCACCUGAUAUCAUUCUGGAGUUACUCAAGCCAGAGCCGUCAUUUUCUUCCAACAAUAAGGAGCAAUUUACUGACUUUUAAAUAUCAUGGAAGGAGACACAUUG